AUAAAAGCUAAGUUUUCUAGGAUUGAACAAACAACAGCCCAAAAAAGGAGACUUUAAGGUCAAUGUUUUUUCCCACUGUUCAACCAAAUUAACAAAAGGAAAAAAAAAAAACACAAAAAAUCACCCCCUCCCCCCCUUUUUCAGUCUACAACCUCAAUUUCCCAUACAAUUUUCACCUACCCCUUAUUUAUGGUAAAUUACCCAAACCCUAUUUCCUUCCCUUCAUGCUCAAUCAUUGCUAUUUCCUCUGUUGGUUAAUUUCUCCAACCCUAGCUCAGAUCCUCCCUCUCUCUCUCUAGAGAAGAUCACCAAACCAUGGAUCCGAUCACUCAAGAAAUGCUCUCAUCAAGCGGAGAAAUCAACACCUUCAGCAUCACCACCUCGUCCUCGUCCUCGCCCUCGUCCUCAUCCAGCGCGGGCGCCAUGAUGGGCCCCGCAGCCGGCUCCUCCGCCACGACCCUGAGCCGAUACGAGAACCAGAAGCGGCGCGACUGGAACACGUUCGGGCAGUACCUCCGCAACCACCGCCCGCCGCUCUCCCUGGCCCUCUGCAGCGGCGCCCACGUCCUCGAAUUCCUCCGCUACCUCGACCAGUUCGGCAAGACCAAAGUCCACACGCAGCUCUGCCCCUUCUUCGGCCACCCCAACCCCCCCGCCCCCUGCCCCUGCCCCCUCCGCCAGGCCUGGGGCAGCCUCGACGCCCUCAUAGGCCGCCUCCGCGCCGCCUAUGAGGAAAACGGGGGCAAGCCCGAGGCCAAUCCCUUCGCCGCCAGGGCUGUGCGCCUCUACCUCCGCGAGGUCAGAGACUCGCAGUCCAAGGCCAGGGGGAUCAGCUACGAGAAGAAGAAGCGGAAGCGGCCCCCGCCCCAGCCCUCCUCGUUGCCUCCCCCUGACCGUGGGAUUUGAUCAUUAGCAUAUUAUUGCAUGGGAUCAUCCUAUUUUUAUAAAAUCUAUCGUUUUAAGACAAUGAUGCUUCUUCAUCUAUUUAAGGUACCCUAACUUUUCCCCCCUAUCUUUAAUUCUUACAAGAUUGUUGUUGUUUUUGUUGUAUUGUAUUGUGCUAUUUUUAGUAGAUUUUAUGGGGUUUAAUUAGUUGGUGAUGAAAUGGAAGGUUUCUAUUUAUGGUUGAUUGGUAAUUCAUGUUGUAAUGAAACCUCAAACAUGGCAGGUUCUUUACACUAUAGUGGCAGGUACUAAAAUCUAUGUGAGAGAGAGAAAGCAAUGUUGUGAGAAAAAAAAAAAGAAGCAAUUUAUGACAAGCAAAAAUUGGAGAUUUUGCA